GUUAAUCAUGUAGAUGAGUGUUUUAAGGUUAUCAAUAGUUUGGAAUGAAACUAAUAAUCUAUGCUGAGUUUAGGAAUGUUUUCAAUAAUUCUCUCUUUAUUUAUUUACUACUCCUUUUGUCCAACCAUAGUUGUUCACUAUUGACUUGACAUACACCUUAAUAAACAAAUUAAAUUUAAUGCUUUCAGAAAAAUAUUAGAUAUUGAACACAUUUAAUAGCAUAAAACAAAUAUAAAAGGAUAAAUAUCUUUUGAUUUUCUAAAAUGGAUAAGCAUUAUUGGAGAAGGAAUAGUUGAUAUUCCCACACCAACUAUAUAUUUGUAUCAUUCUUGAAGAUUGAAGUCCACCAUUAUCUCCUAUGAUACAAUUCUCUCUCAUUUUAUAUUUCUGUCGUUACCAUCACCUUUUGAUCUCUCAUCUGUUGCCACCCUCAUCAACAACACAAGGGUGACAAAGCAAUUAAUUGAAGGCAUGGAAGUUGUUGAGACUUGUGGAAAAGGAACUCUUUCUGCUGGAGAACCUUCCACCAAACGUACUAUUACAUCCAUUUAUGAUGAUGAUGAAGUUGUGGGCUUUGAGAAUGAUGCAGAAGUUAUAAUGAUGAAAUUGAUACGAGGAACAAAGGAGCGAGAUGUUAUCUCCAUCUAUGGAAUGCCUGGACUCGGUAAAACUACUUUGGCAAGGAAGGUGUACAACAAUCCCUCUAUUGCUAAUUACUUUGAUGUUAAAGCAUGGUGUGCUGUGUCACAAGCAUAUAAUAGGAGGACGUUAUUGGUUGAGAUUUUCAAACAAGCUACAGACGAUGAGAUCAAAAUCAAAGAAGAUGAUGAUGUAGCUGACAUGUUGCGCAGGGUUCUAAUUGGCAAGAGAUACCUCAUCGUAUUAGAUGAUAUUUGGGAUGUCGAGGCAUGGGAAGAUUUGGGAAUAUGUUUUCCUUUAGGUGAAUAUGAAAGCAGAGUAAUGGUCACAACACGAAUUGAACAAGUGACUAAGCAUCUUCAGCACCACAGUCAUCCUUAUUCUCUUAAAUUUCUAACGUCCCAAGAGAGUUGGGAAUUAUUGGAGAAGAAGGUAUUUCGAGGAGAGAGUUGUCCCCCCGAUCUAGUGGAAGCAGGGUUACAAGUUGCCCUACACUGUAAGGGAUUGCCUCUUGCGGUUGUCCUGAUUGCUGGAAUUAUUGCAAAAAUGAAAAGGGAGGCAUCCUUGUGGGUCGAGGUUGCAAAUGACUUAAGUUCUUUUGCUUUAGGAGAGCAGAGUAUGAAGGUAAUACAAUCAAGUUACCACCAUUUAGAUGACCACUUAAAGCCUUGCCUUCUUUACAUGGCAUUGUUUCCAGAAGACCAUAAGAUCCCAGUGGACGAUCUGCUCAAGUUGUGGAUGGCUGAAGAGUUUGUAUUGAAUUCUGAAACAGAGAACAUGGAGGAAGCAUCUCGAAAUUGCUUGUGUGGUUUGCUUAACAAAAGUCUAGUAAUGAUGUACGGAAGGAACGAUAAUCGUGAUGUACGGUACUGCUCACUUCAUGAUGUAGUGCGUGAGUUCUGCUUGAGAAAACUCACAGAAGACAAGUACAUGCAGCUCAUAGUUCCAUACAAUCCAUAUCAACAUUUGCAUUCCACGGAAUCACGGUUAUGCAUUUAUAUUCAUGAUGAUUUUUUUAAACAAUCAGAUCAUCCCGACUACCAGCUGGAUAAGAUUCCAAUGCUCAAUUUCAAGGAAACAAAUUCUUUGGAGUUCAUUGCUCAUCCAAAACUGAAUACAUGGAAUAACCAAUAUUGGAAUCCUUUAGAUUUGAUUGUUAAAUUAAGAUUUGUUCGGGCGUUGCAUUUGAUGGAUGUCGCAUUGCCAGAUUCAUGGGCUACUGCAAUUCAAUCACUAUCUGAGUUGAGGUACCUUGCAAUUUGUGUCAGACAGUUUGAAUUGGAGUGGAUAUCACACCUACACAAUCUCCAAACUCUGCAGGUCAAGUCAAGUAAUAAGGGUAUACGCCUUAGGGCUGCUACUUUAUGGGAAAUGAAGAAGCUAAGGCAUGUGAAUAUAUACAGUUUUCAGGUGGUAUGGGAAGACAUUAAUGACGAAGGAGGUUUUAAAACAAGUAUGCUAGAGAACAUGAAGACUUUUCGCACUAGCAAUGUACGGCUGGAUAAUAUGAAUGCAAGGUUGUGGUGGAGGUUUCCGAAUCUUGAAGAACUCGGCCUCAAGGUUGAAGAUGAACCUAAGUUUCCUUUGUUUCCAGUACCAGAAGUUCAUACUCGCAUUCAUUCUCUUUCUCUGUCGUUACCUUCAAUGAAAUUCUUAGAUUCAGUUGGAUGGGAGAGGUAUUUUGAGUUCCCUUCUAAUAUUAGGCAUUUGGACCUUGGCGGCUGUUUGUUGACGGAAGAAAUGGCUUUAAACAUUGCAAGAUUGAAGAAGCUUGAGAGUCUCAAAUUAUUUUAUGGAUUAACUUUAGGGAGAUCAAUGAGCUUAUGCUGGGAUGUGACAAAUGUGGAGUUCCCUGCACUCAAAUACUUGACAUUAUGCCGUGUGAAGAUGAAAGAAUGGGAAGCUUCAGAGGAAUCCUUUCCUGUGCUUGAGAAGCUAGUUAUAAUAGGAGGUUUCAUCACGGAGAUGCCUCCUAGCUUUGCGGAUAUUCCAACACUACAACUUAUUCAACUGAUUGACUGCAAGGACUCCCUAGGUGUUUCAGUUAUGAAUAUCAAAAGAGAGAUUGAAGAAAACACAGGAUGUGACAAUCUCCGUGUUCUAAUGGAAAAACAUAAAUAAGAGGUCAUUUGGUGGAAAGAUUAACAACACAGAGAUUAGUGAUUAGUAGUGCAAAGUUUAUUUUUAUCAAGUGUUUGGUUCAUUUUUUUUCUGUCUCAUCUUGUGUUUGGAUAAAAAGUUUCUUCCCAAUUAUACCCUUGAAUUAUUAAGUAAAUGGAUCAAGGUAGAAAAUUGCCGGACAAUAUUAU